ACAUUUGUUUUGUUAUAGGAUAGUGACGUAUUCAUAUAAUUAACAGUAGAGUUACGUUUUUAUCUAAUCAUCUUCUCAAUUUUUGGACCGUCAUAUGUGACAGUAAACAUUUACAUGUGGUCGAUUUGGUUUGUUUAAAGCUGAAUCAGGUUUCGGUUCCCGCGUCGGAUUCGAAUCAUUUGAUGCAACCAUGCGGUGGCGACGGCGGCGCCACCGUUUUUGCCCUCCUCACUGACUACCGGUCGCUGCUCGCCCGCGGCCUGCCUCCUCCUGCCCGGGCCUUCCCUCCUCUACUCCGGGCCUGCUCCGCCUCCUCGGCUCUCUACCCCCUCGGCCUGGCGCUCCACCUUCACGCUUUCCUACUUGGCCAUGCCCCCGCCGACACCUUCGUCUCCUCCUCCAUCCUCCACCUCUACUCCUCCUCGGGCUCCCUCCUCUCCGCCCGACGCCUCUUCGACGAGAUCCCCCUCAAAUUCUCCGUCGUCCCCUGGACCACCCUCAUCGCCGCUUACUCCCGCGCCGGCUGCCACGAGACCGCCUUCUCCUUCCUCCGAGACAUGCGCCGGAGCGAUGUCCGCCCCAAUUCCGUCACCUUCCUCUCCAUGCUCCCGCUCGACCUCGUCCCUCUGCAGUGCCUCCACGCCUCUGCCUUCCGCCACGGCCUGGAGUCCAACCUCGCCCUUGCCAACGCCUUGGUGAACGCCUACGGACGGUGCGGCUGCGUCGCGCUGGCUCGCAAGCUGUUCGAUUCAAUGCCCGAAAGAGAUGCCAUUUCCUGGAAUUCCGUUCUUUCGGGAUACUCUAAGACCGGUCGCGUCCGCGAGGCGUUCUAUUUAUUCGGCGCAAUGAGGAACGAAGGAAUCCACCCGGAUCGUUGGACUUACGGCUCCUUGGUGUCAUCCAUCAACACCAGUGAAGAUGGUGGAAGAGGAGCAGUGGCAUUGGCUCGUUUGGGCAAGCUAGUUCAUGCGGCAUUACUCACAUCUGGGCAUGGACUGGACGCCCACAUCGAGACCGCGCUCGUUGGGAUGUAUUUAAAGUGCGGGGACGAGAACGAAGCGUUUCUUCUCUUUGACAGCUCGUCGGCCCGGCGGGACGCCAUCUCGUGGUCCGCCAUGAUCUCGGCCCUCGUACAGAUCGGUAGAGCAGACAAGGCGUUGCUCGUUUUCCAACAGAUGUUGAAUUCAGGGUCGCCGCCUCCCUCUUCAGCCUUAGCCAGUGCCUUUUCGGCUUGCGCGCAGUUAGGGUCACUCAAGGUCGGAGCUUCCAUCCAUGGUCACGUAGUCAGGCAUGGUUUGGCCCUGGAUGUCGCCGCUCAGAACGCGCUCGUCAGCUUGUACGUGAAGUGCGGCCGAUUAAAACAGAGCCACCACCUGUUUGAGAUAUUGACUGAACGAGACGUCGUCUCCUGGAACUCGUUGAUCUCAGGCUACGCUCAGAACGGACACCUGGAGGAGGCUUUCUACCUGUUCGACGAAAUGCGGGCGGCUUCACAGCGGCCUGAUACCAUAACCAUGGUUUCCCUUCUCCAGGUGUGUGCCUCGAUGGGCGCGCUUCACCACGGGAGGUUGGUCCACGCCUUCAUGAUCAGGCACGAAGUAGCUCCGUCCAUCUCCCGCGACACUUCUUUGGUCGACAUGUACGCCAAGUGCGGCGAUUUGGGAGCCGCUCUAAGAUGCUUCGCGUCAAUGCCAGAGCAGGAUCUGGUUUCAUGGGGAGCGAUCAUUGCAGGGUGCGGGAGCCACGGGAUGGGAGACAUGGCUCUUGGAGCGUACAGAGACUUCCGCAGCAAGGGAAUGAAACCGAACGGUGUCAUUUUCCUGGCCGUGCUCUCGGCUUGUAGUCACGCCGGCCUGGUCUCUGAGGGCCUCAGGAUGUUCAAGUCCAUGACAGAGGAGUUCCGAUUGGAGCCUAGCGUCGAGCACUGGGGAUGCAUUGUCGAUCUCCUCUGCAAGGCCGGGAGGCUGGAAGAAGCGCUGGGGUUCGCGAACACCAUGUCGCCAAGGCCGACUGCCGACGUCCUGGGGAUCCUGCUCGACGCCUGCAGGGUCGGUGGAUUCGCGUCGUUGGCCGAUGAGGUAGCGAGGCGGAUCACGGCGCUGAGGCCGGACUCGGCUAACAGUUACGUGCAGCUGGCGCACAGCUUCGCGGCGAUGCGGAGGUGGGACGGGGUGGGAGAUGCGUGGGCGCAGAUGAGGGCGCGAGGGUUGAGGAAAGCCCCAGCGUGGAGUUACGUCGAGUUGCACGGGAACAUCAUGGCGUUCUUUGCGGAGCACCACGCACACCCGCAGCAGGAGGACAUCGUCUUUUUACUGAAGCUGCUCGACGGCGAGAUGAAGGAACUGAGGGAGAUCUCCGCGACCCGGCAGUUGGAGCUCUCCAUUGAUGCGGUGGAACUUUCAAUCCAAGCGCAGAGUAAACAGCACCACAUUUUAUCAAGUUACAGUCCGAAAUAACUUAAAUUCGAAUUCGUUCAAAUUA